AUGUCACGUGACGAGGCUACGAAGUACGGGACAUUUGAUGAGGAAGACCAAAGUUUGGUUAUGGAAAAGGGAUCGGAAGCAGCGGACGCGAAGACCGCAAACAGUCAGACGAUUCUAUGCCAGUGCAACGACGAAGAUGGCGUAAAAAGGGAACAACGACAAGACAGAUCCCCACGCCUGAAGAAGAGACUUUUGUUGACGGAGUUCAUUAGAUUUAUUGCUAUAGUAUUACCUAUUGUUUUGACAAUUUGGAGAUACGGAGAGCUAGCAGGUUACCCAAGCUACAAUCCGUCUUUGCCGCAUCGACAUGCUCAAUACUGGGGAAUAUCGGUCGCCAUUCUCGUUGCUGGAAGUGCUGUUUUACGUUCUUUCAGGCGUCCUUCAAUCGUGAUCUACCUGCUAGUCUGUGCUUUGCCUUGCCUAGUUGUCAACCUCAUUGGGACCAAGGUCAAGGUUGAAACGCCCAUUGAACUAGACCCAAAAACGGCCAUCACAAUACAAAUCGUCGUAUUCAACCUGGUGGUGACAGAGUGGAUGGCAAAACUGAGAGAAGGGGAAUUUAAUUUUGACGUCAUCACAGCGAUGGGAAACGACCUAUUUACUGCUUAUGACAUCAUAGAAAUGUUUGUUCUGGCACAUGACCUGCACGUGUUCCAAUCUGAUUGGGUGUAUGUGCUGUUUGCCCUUUCCUUUGUGUCUAUGUUCAAGUUCAUCCCCGUGCCACCAGAAUGCACGUGCGAAAGCAUGGACGUUCCCCGAGCAAGAACUUAUAUUUUCUGUAAUCUCCUUCUCCAGGAUGGGCCGUUUCUUGUCGUUAGAGUGGCAAUAAUGGCGAACUUUGGCAUUAUUCAUGAUCAAGACAUGAUCAGCGAUUUAAUCCACCCCAUAAAAAGUUUUGCCUACGUCAUCAUGUAUUCCCUGCAGCUGUGGAUGCUUCAGCAUCGUCAGACUAGUCCCUUAGCCCGUGUGAAAAGCAAGGAAAAAUGCACGACACAUUCUGUGCGGCACCCGGGUAAACGUCAACCGGGUGCCGCCAUACGGUAUGACGCAAAACAGGAAAUGACGUCGCAGGGGGAAAGAAAUGGAAUUCAUAUGACCGAAGUGGAGGAAUUGUAGCUAGAAAACUCUGAGGGGGUUUUGGUUAACCAGACUAUUCCUACAGCGAGAACUGUUUUCGUUAAGAUUUUUAUGCAAAAAAAUCGGGAUAUAUGAGUAGGCUACAUACUGCACCUAAUCGACCAAAAGUAGGCCCACCAAAUGUAUGCACCCGGUAUAUCGUAUCAGCCGCUCACAAAGACUAAAAAUAUUUUUGAGUAGUUAAUUCCUAGAUAAUAUACAGAAUGUUGUGUAUUUACUAAACGUGCAAAAUCAUCAUUGUUACCGUUGUAUGGUAACUAAAGGGUACGAACUACACUGCAAAGCUGAACAAUAUACAGACACCGUCAGUGAGAGAAAAAAUCAUCGCAGCAAUGGGUUAUAUUUUAGGCAGCAAAUCGGUCAAAUGAACAGGCAAAUGCCACAUACUGUUUCAAAUGCCAGGGCUGAACAAUAUACAGACACCUUCAGUGAGAGAAAAAAAUGUCGCAGAAUGGUUUAUUUUUUCGGCAGCAAAGCGAACAAAUGAACAGACAAAUGCCACAUACUAUUUCAAAUGCCAGAGCUGAACAAUAGGCCUAUACAGACACCUUCAGUGACA